AGUGCCACGGUGCCCUCGCUGAAGCAUCGCCUGCAGCGCAACGUGGCCGCCCUGGCCUGGAAGCCCCUCUGUGCCUCCAUCCUCGCCGUCGCCUGCCAGAGCUGCGUCCUGCUCUGGCACCUGGACCCCACCUCCCUCUCCACCAGACCCUCGUCUGGCUGUGCCCAGGUGCUGUCCUACCCCGGGCACAGCCCCGUCACCAGCCUGGCCUGGGCACCCAGUGGGGAUCUGCUGCUCUCAGCCUCGCCCGUCGACACGGCCAUGCUGGUUUGGGAUGUGUCCACAGAAAACUGUGUCCAGCUGCAGUGGUUUGGGGGGGGUGGUGUCACCUACUUGGCUUGGUCCCCUGAUGGCAGCAAGGUCCUGGCAGCCACUCCCUCUGCAGUGUUCAGGGUGUGGGAGGCUCAGAUGUGGACCUGUGAGCGCUGGCCCACGAUCAGAGGCCGCUGCCAG